UAAAAUUGUUUUUUCUUUGUCGAUCAUUUUGUUCAAAGAUUUUUCAUUUCGUUAUUGUUUUGUUUUGUUUGAUUUAAAAUUUCCAAUAUGGAAAAUUAUUAUUUUAAACAUCCAUCACAUUUUGGUGAUAUGUUCAGUAUAUUUGAAGAUUUUUAUCGUAGUAAAACAUUAUCCGAUGUAAUUAUUAAUUGUCAAGGACGUAAUAUUCAUGCACAUCGUAUGGUACUUUGUGCUGGUUCUGAUCAUUUUCGUCGUUUAUUAACAUCGAUUAAAAUGCAUAAUCAGUUACCUGUUUUAAUUAUAACCGAUAUUUCAUUUGAAGAUAUGGAAAUAAUGCUUGAAUUUAUAUAUCGUGGUCAGAUUGUUGUAUCUCGUGAUAAAGUUGAAACAUUACGACAAGCUGCACAUAAACUUCGUAUUCGUGGUUUUGAAAAUUUUCUCCGAAAACCAUUCAAUAAUGGUGGUAAUGGUUUACUUAAUGGUAAUGUUUCAAUACCAUCAAUGAAAUCAAUGAUAAAUGGUAAUCAUCGUUCAACAACAAGUUUAUUAACAGAAAAUAAACGUUAUUUACAGCAAAUAAAUGAUGUUGAAAUUAAACGAAUGAAAUCGAAUGGUGGUGGUGGUAGUAGCCAUAUACAACAACAAUCACAAGAUUCUUCUUUGUACAAUAAUCAUCAUGUUAAUACACGUCAUUUACGUGAAUCUUCUGCCGAUUUCCGUCGACUUUAUUCUCAUCUUAAUAAUAAUAACGAACCACAAUCACAAUUAGAAGCUGCUUUACAACGAGGAUUGAAUCAAUUAAGUCAGAAUUGUAGUAAUCAACAGCAACUGCAACCGCAACAACAACAUUCUCCAAAUGCUAUGAUAAAAAAAAUGAUCCAUUUGGAACAAUUAAUGAAAUCCUGUAAUGGUGGUAAUGUUAAUGUUAAUAAUGGUGGUGGUGUUUAUGAUUGUAAUGGAACAUUAGAUCUUAAGAUUGAUAAACAUCGACAACAUCAUCAACAACAACAACAACAACAAAUUGAUCAAGUGCCUUCCAUAACAAUUACUCGUGUAAAUGGCCCUGGAGUUUCUUUAGAUUUAAAUGGUGGUAAUUCUCCUCUAAGUGAUUCAUGUGAUGAAAAUGAAGAAAAUCAACGAAAUGAAACGGCUGAAAAUGCUAUGAAUGGUGUUGGUGGUGGUGGCCAUAUGAAACUUUCAAAUCAUCAUUUUGAUAAUAAUCGUAAUGAAUCACAUGAAGUAAACUAUACAUAUGAAAUGGAUCCAAGUGUUCUUGUUGCACCACAAUGGGAUAAUUCGGAUGAAAAUAUUAACAACAAUUGUGGUUCAGAAGGUAAAGAAGAUGCUGAUGGUGGUACUGAAGAUGAUGAAUAUUUAGAUUCAAUGUCUCGUAAUCAAAAUUCAAUGCUUGAUUCAAUGUUUAUGGCUGCACAAAAAAUGAAUCAAAUGAAUGUUGGCCAAAAUUUUUUCUAUUGUGAACAUUGUCCAAAAUAUUUUGUCGAUGAAGAUCAUUUACAAUUACAUAUCAAACGAACACAUGGCCUAAAUAAAAUGAAUCAAUGUAAUAUUUGUGGAAAAGCUUAUGCAUGGAAAUCUGGUCUUUAUAAACAUAAACGUCAUGUACAUAAUAUUGGUGGUACGGGUACUAAAAUAACACCAAAUGGUGGUAAUGGCGAUUCAGAUUCACCUGUUGAUAGCCAACCUCCAACACCGACUGAUGUUCAACAAAUUCAAUCAUCAUCAUCAUCAACACUGGAAGUUAUUACUAAAAUCCACAACAACAACAAUAUUAAUAAUAAUAAUAAUGAUGAUGAUUCUAUGUCAUCACCUAUCGCUUCGAAUAUUAUCGAAACAUCAGCCAUGUCACCUUCGCCGGUUAUUACAACAACAUAAUUCCUGUGAUUACCGGUUUCGGAUUUCAAUAUCCGAAUGGAUGAUUCUACUUAAUGAAAAAUCUUCUUUUCUUUUUUUGCCAAAUUCGUGUUCAUUCAUUAUCAUUACUUA